AUGGCUAAAAAUAUUUACUUUAUUAUAGAAAAUAAAUCUUUGAAAUCCCAACUUUCUCUUCUCGAAGAAAGACUAAAAUGUAUUGAAAGGGCGCAAUCAAGCACUCCAAAUCAACGAAAAGGAAAAAAAAUAAGGAAAAAGAAAGAUCUUUUUCACAUGGAAAAAACCGUGAUCCAGAUCAAAAAAGUGCUCAAAAAAAAAUGGUGUGAACAAAAAGCAUUUGUUGAGCUUUUCAUUCUACUUGCUUUGAAAAGGCAUAUUAAUAAAAGCCUCGAAUAUUUGGAUGAAGAAGUUGUUCAUGUGCUCCAAACAAACUAUAAAAGUAUAUACUCAAUGGCAAAGAUUAAAGUAGACUCUGAAUUGGAUAAAGUGAAUAAGAAACGUGAAUACCAUUCUGAUGAAUUAAUUGGGACCGAUAUUAAACUUGUAGCGAAAGAAAAAAACUCACGUCCAAACAAUCAUGUUAUUAAAGUAUAUGUUCUACCAUGGAGGUCUGAAAGGGCCAAAGAGGUGGCUUUAACGAACCAAGCCAAUAAAAUUAUACGGGAACGACAUUACGACAAAAACUGGAUUCAAAACACAAGACCACCUCUUGAUGCACCUUUUUGGACAAUUGCUUCAUCCUACAAUUAUAAUAGAUAUGGUGACUAUCUUACGCCCAAUACAUCUAAUAACGAUCCUGAACCUGGGCCUACCGAUGAUACCAGAUCUAACAACAAUCCUGAACUUGAGCAUAUCAAUGAUACCAGAUCUAACAACGAUUUAGAAUCUGAUGCUGACAAUUAUAAUUUCAGGCGUAGACCUAGAAAUGAAUUAGGAUUCAAUAAUUUCGAUACAAAUGAGCCAGAAAUAAAUAAUGAAGGAUCAACUAAUUCCGGAUGUAAUUCUGGGCAUAAUUCCGAGUAUAAUUCCGGGCGUAGACCUAGAAAUGACGAUUCUGAUACAAAUGAUCCUAAUCACGAAUCAACUUCUAUGAAUAAUAAUCCCAGUACUAAAACUCCUGUUCGUAAAUCUAGCCGAAUUAAGAAUAGAAAAAGAAUGAAUGUUCCAACCAGAAUAUUUGCCUACAGCGAAGAGGAAACAGAGGUCACAGAUAUGCACCAAAUAUUGGUAAGCUAUCGGACAGUACCUAUCAGACCAAUAUUGUAA